ACCGUUCUUCCAGCUCAGAAUGACAGGCUUCGAAAUGAACCUAUAACAAUUCAGAAUUUUGCCGUAUUCGAAUGCUGGAAAUCCAUCAAAUCACCGGAUUUUCAAACAGAAAUGUUUCAUAAGGACACCGCGAGCCUGGACGCGCUGCUUAUGUGCAGCUUACUUCUGACAGUUCAGUGAAAUUUAGUCAUAAGAAACGCUCAACACUUUUCAGUGGAAUCUAAUAAUGCUUAGAAUAUUGAAAGAGGAUUUUUCCAACAAAUGACGUUUGGGCUUCCUGAAAACAGCAGCUCCUGGCCUAUUGAACAUCACUAACAUCUGUUACGCCUGUUCGCUGCCUGUAGUCUCACUCCUCAUUGGUCAUUGUGGCAGUAAGUCUUGCAUCAACCAUGGAGAGCCUAUGCGAGCUGCAGAACCCGCUCUUGGACAAGACCAAUAAGCACAUGGUGGGUGAUGACUAUGGUUACCAGGGUGACUUCCCAGCCAACCAGUGUCAGGAGAAUAUUAUCAGCUACUUUGUGACUGGUGGGGGCAGCGGCCAAGCCAAGGCCCACCAACUGUUGGAUGCCACAUCACUACACCUGGCUGUGGAGGCCUUCUAUAGGCCCAACUUCAUUCUGUGUAAGGACAAUGCCCAAGCCAAGAGCAAGGACUGCAAGGGGGAGAACUGUGAGACCACCUUCAUGGAGGACAAGGAGUCUGAGCCUGAAACCACCAGCACGGAGGACCCCCAGGCCAAGCUCCUGGGGGAGAAGGAAGUGAAGAUCCAGACUGUUUCAUAUGACGUGGAGGAGGAGGAGUACUUGGAGUAUGAGAGUGACUGCUCCAGUGACAGCGAGAGUGAGGAUAACUUCCUGAUGGUUCCACCCCGGGACCACCUGGGUCUGUCCAUCUUCUCCAUGCUCUGUUGUUUCUGGCCCCUGGGCAUCGCCGCAUUCUACUUCUCUCAGGGGACAAGUAAAGCAAUUACAAAAGGAGACUUCCCCCUGGCAAGCACUGCCUCCAAGAGAGCGCUGUUCCUGGCUGCCCUCUCCAUCACCAUAGGUACAGGGGUCUACGUGGGUGUGGUGGUCGCCCUCGUUGCCUACCUGUCCAAACCGGGGCACGUAUAGCACUGGAAAGAGGGGCCUUCCGGUUUCGUCACCACCACAACGAUCGGCUGAAUGCCCACCCCAUGUACGCCUGCCAUUGUGAACAGUGGGAUGGACAUUGGAGGUUGGAGGUGACAUUGACAAGACCUUGGUGUACUGAGAGCCUUUUAUCCUGGACUUCACUCAAACUGCAGAAAGCUCUGUGGGAUGCACAGCAGGGCACGUAUGAUCGUGUGAGACCAGCACCCACCCUGUCCUGCAGGCAUUUCUGCAUUUACAUAAUACGUCCUAGCUGCCACCUUCAGACAGUUCAUUGGAAAGAACCACACAUUCCUGUAGGAAGGGUCCUCUCUUGUUUCUCUCCAUUGCUGCUAUGACUGUGAAAUCCCCUCAGCAUUAUCCUGCUUGGAUUUGAACAGAAACUGUUUUACUGUAACUAUCCCUAAUGCCAAUAUGGCGUCCACUGCUCUUCUGCGGGCACAAAUUCAGUAAACCGCUGGCCACCUGCAUCGAGAUCGUGAGAGGUUUCUGCAUAAUUAAUCAUUUAAAUAAAUAAAAAUUGGCAUGAAUAACAUAUGCCCUUGCCUUGUACAGUAGCUUUCUGAGUGAUCACAGCGAUAUAGCAAUCCUACGCCACAGGCUUAAUGGGAAUGUUCUGAAUCAAUCCAUCCCUGACAGAUAAGCAAUGUUUGUACUGUUCUGGGUGCCUUUGUCAUGGAAGCCUGCAGUUUUUUCUUCUCCAUUGUUAAAUACAAGCACUCUAGUCUUGAGGUGACAUUGACAGAGGCAGAGUGGAGAUGUUCUCUAUUCAGCUAAGCUGUAACCACAGUAAAGGUGAAAUCCCCUGCCCCCCCCAGUAAGACUGAGAAGUGUCGCUCUCUCUGUGUUUGCCAUAUAAUCAACAUGCAAGAUUGAACUCAGCCUACUCUUGCAUCUCUUUCACACCUCUCUUAGCUUGUUCUGCCUGGCCACAUAAUGACCCUUUUUGAAAAACCACGUGUUCAAAAACCACAUGCGCUCAACAACCACAUGUGAACACCCAAAAUGUGAACUGUAAAAGAGUACACAUGUGAUCUAUUAAAAUAAUUCCUCUUAUAACAUGAGAGAAGAAAAAAGGUAACUUAUUUUUAUCCUGAAAAAAAGUAUUUGCACUUCCCCUACCUCUCUGUCCCAAACUUUCUCUCCUUGCAGCUAUCCUCAAGUCGAGAAGAUCAUAAAAAAUAAGUACAAUAAUCGCAAUAAUACCAUCUUGUAUACGAAUAUAUUAAUUGAGGUCUAUAUUAUUAAGAAGCAGUCUGGCUGAUUAUUUAUAAGCAUACUGAAUAAUAAUAAAAUAUUUUGAGAAUGUAUUUAGAUGCUCACUGAUGUAAAAUGGAUCAUGUCACUGAAAAUGCUUUUUAUUGUGUUGUCAAUGUUUCUGUCUUCCUCAGAAAUAUUCACUCAGACAAGAGAUUCCUUGGAACUCCUCCAAAAGAAGUCCUCUAUAUAGACAUAGGCAUCAACAAAAAAUUUUUUUGCCGCAAAAUAUCAACCUUUUUUGGCAUAAAAUCUCAAUAACUGUUUUUGCUGAAGUGCAGCAGACUCUGCGUGCAUAUUGAAAAUGCUAUAGUUUCGUUAUGCAGGCUAAAAUGCAGGCUAGUCAUCACUUCUAUAACAUUCCUGUAGUAGGUUCUUGGAUUAGCUGAAGGCAUUUUCUUACACACGGGUGGGGGUAACACAUUUUCUCUGCAACAACGUUACAAAUACUGGUCAGAGACGCUUGUAUGUGGGUUCAUCGUGUUCGAGAGAGCAUAUACAAAAUGUAGAUAAUAGCAUUUCUAUUUACAAGUACUUUUGUAGAAGUAUACAACAAGGAUAAUUGCUCCAGAGAAAUUCUAAGUAAACACUGGAAAUUCUAUCAACAUUUCUCUGAGUUAGCACAUUUUUAGAAUUUGUUGUUGAAUGUGGAUUUCCAAAAUGCAGAGAAGGUGAGGUCCCCCCCCACACUUGCUUAACCACCCACGUUACAAAAUAAGGAACUGUCAUCGCUAAAGCACUGGCAUCUUAAAAUAGAUUAUACAGAUACAGACCGUGAGUUUUAAUGCUUUCAAACAGUGUUACCACAGUGAUUGAAAAUUGCACCCUGAAAAAAAUGAAUGAAUGCAAAAAAACACUCACCUUAAGGGGGAAUUAAGGGGUUAUUCAUUAAAUGUUAAGUACACAUGUAAAAUUGUGAUUUUUCACAUGUGAAGAUACAAAUUUCACAUGAUUUUUUGUAAGGGACCACACAAAAUGAACAUUCAAACUGUUGAGUGUAUUUUCAUAAAAAUCAUGGGACUUGCUAUUUAAAGCUAACAUGUACAAAUGUCAUCCUAAAGCAAACAAAUUAUAUUCUGUCCAUUAUAGAACUGGGUAUUGGGAGUAAUAAUGUUCAGCACACAAUGAGUGAUCAAAGUUUUCACAGUGAUUAGUAACAACCACAAAACAAAACAAUUUGGAGAGAUGCUACACUAGACCAAAAUAUCAGCAAGGUCGAGGGAACACAAUGAACAAAAGCAAUGAGACAGCACGCGGAGAGAGCCAUCAGCAAACUGAUUAUAACAGUCCAAUAAUCAGUUUGCUGACUUCCAUCCUUCAUGACUCAACCAACAUAAGAGCCAUUAUGUAACACAGAGUUAUAGCCAACUAAAGCAAGCCUAGUGAAAGCAAGCCUUUUGAAGACCUGAAUUUAAUCAGGGUACCUUCACAACACUGAGCGAAUAUGUGGAAGAUGGAUGGAUGUGAAUUUCUUUAUCAUGCACCUGGAACCACUAGGAAAGGCCAAAGACAGGACUGUAAAUUAAACUAUAUGAAGCGCCAUCUUCUUCAGCUUUGGUUAGCCAAUCCUGAGCAGCGGUGCCAAUCAAACAGAUGUGUUCGCUGUUUGCCAUUCAUUUUGAUUGUCUAAUUUCCCAUGCUGUCUGAAAAAAUAACUGUGCCACAUAGAGGUGAUUCAGUAUAUUAUUGGUGAGUCAACCUUAAUAAAUGUUAAGAAAAAUGUUGUUAAGGAGGAGACUUUGGUGCCCAGCUUAGUAAAACUCUAUAUAGAAUUACAAUAUGCAGGAUUGUAUAUAUGUGACAUGAACAUUGCGAUAUGAACAUUGUCACUUUAUAUGGAAAUUCUCAAUCUGUAGACAAUACCCACCUAUUUAAUAAUAUUUAUUACCUUUGGAUUAAAAAUAUAUAAUAUAGUCUUUAUUGGGUAAGUAUAAAUCAGUUAAUAAUGUUUCUUUUUUAAUAAUUGAACCAUAAUCCAUGGACAUAAUCCCUAAAGUGUUACCAGCAUUUUCAUAUUCUGUGCUAUUGCAAGUCAUGUGACAGAAAUAUUGUACUAUGUUCAUAUGAGCCAUUGCAUCUACUUGUGCAUUCUAUUAUCUGUAAUUAUGUAUUGAAAUUAAACCAUUUUUAAAAUGAA